AUGAUCGUUGCCCUCCGGUGUCUGCUUCUGCUGUGCCUGUGGUCCGCACUCGCCAUGUGUUCGUCCCCACGCAAUGCCACCGUCGCUCCCGUGGAAGUCGACGCCUCCCACUCCCGGCAGCCCCGCCAAGCCACAGCGAAGAGGGUCCCCUCCGCGGCUGAGAUCCAGGCUCUGCGUCGGAUGGUCUUUGAGCACGGCCUGGCGCCGCAGAUCCAACAAGAGGUCCAAGGACGCCAGGCGCUGUCGCAGGUUGGAGGAACGAGCUUUUUCCAGAUGCUGUCGCAGCUGUACGACUUGAACCGUUGUCGGACGCCGGAGGGACUGUUGGGCACUUGCGGCGACAUCACACGGUGCAUCUACGUUCUGCUGGACUUCACUCGACUCAGGCAGUCCAUCUGCUUCCAGAACCUACUCUUUCCGGGCGUCUGCUGUGCAGGCAGGUAUCCCACAACGACGUCGUCGACAACAACAUCGACAACUUCCGUUGCCAACCUUUCCGAAGAACCCACGACGGCGACCCCGGCAGCUUUGGAGGAAGGCUACACGGAAUCCAACUUCAUCACCGUCGCAGUAGUGGAGGGCACAAACGUCACGAGCUCGACACCGUCCACGACAUCGGUGAAGCCUUACAACAAGCCGUACGCGUUGCACACCACCCGGAAGCCUUACGACACGACGAAGAAGCCGCUGAGCAAGCCACCUUCGACAAUCGUCGUGGCGGUGAACAGGCCGACGAGGAAGCCGGUGGCGGUGGCGUCCAGCCCGACGAUAGUCCCACCUCCGCCGCCUGUGGUCUCCCGGCCGACGCCCCUGCUGCCACCACCAGCCCCCACCAGACGGUGCGGACACGCGGGCCGGGACUCCAGAAUCGUCGGGGGUCACGAGGCAACUCCUGGCCAGUGGCCCUGGAUGGCCGCCAUUUUCCUGGAAGGUCGGAGGGGUCGGGAGUUCUGGUGCGGUGGGGCGCUCAUCAACGAGCGGUACGUCCUCACCGCCGCUCACUGCCUGUCACAUCCAUCCGGGUACAAGUACCGUCCAGGACAGCUGAGCGUGCGGCUGGGCGAGCACCACAUCUACAGCGACCGGGACCAGGCGCAGCCCAUCGACUUCAGGGUCGAGAGCGCGGUGCAGCACCCGCGCUUUGCCCGGCACGGCUUCUACAACGACAUCGCGCUGGUCAGGCUCAUGGAGAGCGCGUCCUUCACUGACGCUGUGCGCCCCAUCUGCCUGCCUGAGCCGGCGGUCACGGCGACGGCCCGCGAGCCGCUCUCGGGAGUCAUGGCCACGGCCAUCGGAUGGGGCACGCUGUCCUACGGUGGUUCCAACAGCGGAACACUGCAGCAAGUGUCCUUCCCAAUCUGGAGGAACGAGGACUGCGACAGGAGAUACGUUCAGCCCAUCACACAGGGCUUCCUCUGCGCCGGUUACGUCGAAGGAGGCAAGGACGCCUGCCAGGGCGACUCCGGCAGUCCGCUGAUGAUCCGCGACCGGGAUCGCCACUGGCUGGUCGUGGGUGUCGUCUCCUUCGGCAGCCGCUGCGCCGCCGCCGGAUUCCCUGGCGUCUACACGAGGGUCGGCGAGUACCUCGACUGGAUCCACACCAACAGCCGCUUAUGACGGCAGCAGGGCCGGACCUAGGACCCAGGGAUCCAAGAUCUCAGCCCGGAAACACGUGC